AUGAAUGCGGACAGGUACAGUUUGCUUCACAAGCUGCUGCGGGUUACCGCCUCGGCCUUGAGGUUCCUGCACAACAGUACGCACCCCUCCCAGAAGAAGACUGGUGUCCUUACAGCCGAGGAGAUCUCAGCGGCGGAAGAGUACUGGAUUUUGACGGCUCAGCGUGAGUCUUUUGGGCCUCAUCCGACCACUCACAAGUCCCUUCAGAAUGUAUCGCUGUUUCAUGACUGGAAAGGCGUACUCCGCAUGCCAGGUAGACUGCAGUACAGCGAUCUCCAUGAAUCAGCGAAGCAUCCCAUUGUCAUACCUUCGGAUCACCCGAUUACGGCAAUGCUGAUUAUCCGGGCACACACAAGACUGCUUCAUGUCGGAGUUCAAGAAACCUUGGCAGAACUGCGCGAAGAGCAUUGGAUUAUUCGGGGACGUCAAGUGGUGAAGAAGACGCUGCACGGAUGCCGUAUCUGUCGCCGAGCAAAGGCUCAGGCCUGCUCAGGAGCCACUGCUCCUCUGCCACGAGACCGUUUAUCGCAGGCGCCACCCUUUACAGUCACCGGUACGCAGGUCCACUGUACUACAAAUGCUCGGAGCGGUCCGCUAGGAAGUGCUACAUCCUAA